CCCAGCCCAGCCGCCCACCCCCUUCCCCUCUGCCAAGUUCGCGACCCUUCUCCCUCCUUUCUUUCGUUCGCUGCCCUAGCCCUACCUCUCUCGCUCCGUCGGCCUCGGCCUCGCCCUCUCCAUCGCCGUCGGCCGCUCGCCCUCGCUCUCGCCUCUCGCUGAUCCGUCGCCGGUCACUUGCUGCCUCUCUCUUCUCUUGCUGCUCCGUCGCCCUUUCGCUCUCGCGCUCUCUCUCUCGCCUCCCGCUGCUCGGUCGGCGGUCGCUCGUCCUUGCCGGCUCGCCUCGCCCUCGUGGCCGGUGGCUCGCUGCUCGGUCGCUCGCCCAGCAAGCGUCGCCUCUCGCUGCUCUGCUCGGUCGCUCGCCCUUGCCGGCUCGCCCUCGUGCUCGUGGCCGGUGGCUCGCUGCCUCUUGGUCCGUCGCUCGCUGUCGCUGGUGGCUCGCUGCUUCUCGAUUGCCGAUUGGCUCAUCAGAUUCAUUCUUUCAGAUCUGCUUCUCAGAAGCUCUAACUCCAGUCUCCAGAUCUGCUUCAACUGUCAGCAGGGAUUAGUCAAGCCACUAGGAGACAUCCCAUUUUAGUGCCCUCCAUUUUGACAUCAAAGCAGUGCUGAUUUUGUGGUGUAAUGUUAAACGAGAUGCAAUGAUAGAGGGGGCACGUGUGCGGCUGAAUGGAUGGCAACAGGCUGCAGUUGCCCUUGGUUCAGCUGUGGGGGCAUUGCUGGACCCACGGAGAGCUGAUCUCAUAGCUGCUUUGGGAGAGACAACUGGGAAGCCUGCUUUUGAAAGGGUUCUUGAAAGAAUGAAGAGAUCCCCUGAAGGAAGAGCAAUACUGUUGGAACAGCCUCGUGUCAUCUCUUCAAGAGUUGGACAUGCAUGGGACCUACCAGCAAAUACAUUUGGUGCUGCCUAUGCUAGAUUCAUGGGAUCGAGGAACUUCUCCCCAGAUGAUAGACCACCGGUCCGGUUCAUGGAAACAGAGGAGCUGGCUUAUGUUGCCAUGCGUGCCCGUGAGGUGCACGAUUUCUGGCACACCCUAUUUGGCCUCCCUACCAACUUGAUGGGGGAAUCAGCUCUGAAGGUGAUAGAGUUCGAGCAAAUGCUGCUUCCCAUGUGCCUGAUGUCAGUUGUCGGGGGUACGGCAAGAUUUAGCGGGAAGCAAAGGGCAUUGUUUUACCAGCACUACUUUCCUUGGGCUCUCCGGGCCGGUGUGCAAUGCACUGAUCUCAUGUGUUUAUAUUAUGAGAAGCACUUCCAUGAGGAUUUAGAGGAUGCUAGGCAGAGAUGGGGAAUAAUUCCUGCUCCUCCUCCAAGCUGAAAUGUGGCUAGGUAUCCGGGCGCUGAUAAUUUCGCCUAGAGUGAGCAGCCGAAUUGGGAUGCAGAGGGGUGCUUUCUUUUAAGCAAAAGAUUCAUCAUCCUUUUAGGUAGAACCUACCUGUACAAGGAAGGAUCAAACUGGUAAAGAAUGGCCUUCACCACUCAAACGUAAUCAUUACUUUGUUUGUUUGUUUGUUUGUUUUUUUGUUUCGUUAAUUAUAAAGAAUGGCCUUCAUAAGUUCUUAAAUGAUGUUUUGUGUGGGGGUAUACUAUCCAUGAAAACUCUCAUUUCUGCAGGAUGAAUGUUAAGUUUUUUUUUCAUGUCCUGAGAGUCCAUACAGAGCUCGGAUUGAGUUGGACUUAGGCCCGAAUAAUGUUUUGUUUUCUCAGAUUGUAGCAAACGCCACAUUGAUUGAAAGUUACUCAUCAUUUUUAGGAGCUUUAUUUUGCAAA